AUGGCCGAAAUAGUGCAGAAGACUCCGCCGCGAUCAGUUGCGGCGACGACUCAGACGACGCCCGGGACGCCGGCACAAUGGGCAGCCGGGCGUGACACGCCGUGGGGCGACAAUGGCGACGACGAGUACGUCUACGACGAUGAAGAGGACGAUCUGUCGUUUGUCAAGCACUUGGUCACCGUCGACGUCCGCGAGAUUACCGCCAUGGACGUGGCACUGGCGGAGGCUCUGGACGCGCGCGAUGCGUACCGGGCCCGAGCCGAGGCAGCCGAGGCACAGCUUGAGGCCAUGUCGCAGCGUAUGUACGCAGCCAUGGAGCGGGCGGCUCGAGCUGAGGCCAUGACUCGCAUGAUGGAGUCCGAGCUGGCAGGCGUUUUGGCACCUGCCCCGGCUGCUGAAGCCGGUCCGGCUCCGGCUACCUGCCCGGCUCCGGCUCCUUGCCCGGCCUCACCUACAGCGGCAGUUGUCGACUUCCCGAGCCCGUCACCGGCGUUGAACGACUCGGCUACAAUUCAUGCCGAGCUCCGCGAGCUCUCUGCACAAGUAGCAGCACUGGUGGCCAGAAGUGAUAGCAGCGAUCGCAUCUCGCGGCUGGAGGCGGAGGUCGCAUCGCUCUCUGCCAGCCAAGCGCGUCCAUCGCUGUAUGCCGCGGCGCUUCCGGAGCGCAGCCACUUUGGAGCACGCCACUACGCCCAGUUGCCGCCGCCACCGCCGCCUCGAUUCUUUGCACCGCCGGCACCGCCGGUUCCUGCACCAGCUGCGCAUGUCUCUGCGCUCGCCGAUGCCGUCCGGAUUCGCGAACUUGCUCACCUCCGCUCAUCUCCGACAACCCACUCGCUCGUUCUCGGAUCUCCGCCGCGGGCUUCCGUUGCCGCUCCGCACACACCAGCGCACCUUACCAGCUUCGCUGCAAUGGCCACAGCGACUCCGCCGUCACGCAAGCGGGCCCCGUUUGUCUCGCCGAUCCGGAUGCCUGCGUCGGCGUCUCGCUCUGCUGCUGCCGCCGCAGAGGCAGCGGCAGCAGCCUCGACCUCUGCCGCCGCCGCCGCGCGCCUGUCACUGUUCCAGGACGAGCCGCCAGCGAGUGAGUCUGGCGGCGUCGAUGGGGCUGAUGUUUAG